AUGCCUGGGCGUAAGCGCAAGCAACAUCCGUCGCAUUCGGGCCGUCGACGCGGUAGAGAUAACGAUUCGUCAUGGAACGAACCGGGGACAUCGGACGCCUUCGACCCUUGCCUCUUCAUUCAAGCCCAUGAAGCGGACAUUGUACGAGGACCGCAGGCUUGGAGCUCGGCCGCCGCGCUGGAACUCCGGGUGGUCGACGGUGCGACAGCACCGGGAGAAGGACUGCUACGGUGGGGUGGCGAAGGCAAUGAAAGGAAGCAGCAUAUGUGGGAUGAGUACGGAGAAGGGGACGACGGGGUUCAAGACGCUGUAUGGGUAGAUAGGUUCGAUGCCCGCCUCCUUCUGGACACCUUGCCGGAGAAUGAUGGCACAACCACUACGCCGACUCAUGAAGCCAGCGACGUGCUCGCCCGCGUCGGCUGGGACGACCUUCCGUCGGACAGCGAGGACACGUUCUUCCUCGGGCCUUCCGAAAUCGAGGACUAUCGCCGCGAGAAACGGCGGCGCGUCCUCGCGGAGAACCACGCUGCCCGCAUGCGGGCCUUGCUCGAGGACGAACCAGAGGCAGAACCCGAGGAACGGUGGCUGAGCGACGAGGAGCCGGAGCCGCACCAGAAGGAGCUGAUGGACCGCACGGCGGGGCAUCUCGUCGGCUCGCCCAACGCGGCGCAGCUCGAGAUGAGGAUACUCGCCAACCACGGAGCGGACCCGCGCUUUGCUUUCCUCAGAGGGCGGUGGAAGCGGGCUUGGGCGCUCACGAAGGCGCAGGCCGGCGCUGCAAAGAGGGAAAAGGAAAUGGCAAUGACCGUGCAGAAACCCAACUUGGGCGGCCUCGCAGGAUACGGGAGCGAUAGCGAUGAGGAGAGCGAGGUCGAGGACGUCGCGGCGGCAGUGGCGGGGAAAUCAGAGCCGGAUGAACCGGCAGGUAGGGCUAACGAGGAUGGAGACGAGGCCGUGAAAGAGGCCCGGCGAGCGCGAGCGAAAGAGUGGGCUGAAAAGCGGCGCGCGCAGAAAGCGAACCAGGCGGUAGAUCCCUCGUAA